AACAUUCACGAAUUCUCUGGAGCGUCGCUCUCGCUGUCCCCCUAUCCAUGCACUGUAUCCUAUGUGCGGUGGAGAUCAUGUGUGCGCAUCCGCGAUCGAUAAAUUAGGCACUACAAGAAUGUGCGACUGAUCGCGCCGGGAGGAGGCACCUUCCCUAGGUAAGAGGUGGCAUGCCCAGUGCCCUUGGAGGCAUGCCUGAACUCCAGCAGAGACAGGCCGGCGUGCGCAAAAGCGUGCCAGAGGAGAAGGCACCUUCGCUGCGCAAGAGGCGGCAUGCCCCGGGACCAUGUGUGUUGGGUGCUGUGCACCACUAGCAGACCAGCCUCGACGCUAAGAGCUCGAUCGAUACGAGAUGCGCGUGUCGCAACUCGCCUUAAUAUGAAGUUGGCUCAACCUUCACAGGUUAAAAGAACGAAAGACACGUUAGACUGGCCAUAUCCCAUCAAUGUUCGCAAUAAUCCUCCGAACCAAGGCCAAAAUUGUGCGGAUAAAUGAGUUUGAGCCCGUUGAGCUGACCUGCUUAAUACACUUCGCUCCCACCUACAACCUGAGGAUUGAGUGGAAGAAGAUCAGGAACGGCAUCCCGAGCUAUGUUUACUACCGAAGGAAGAUUGUAGGUGACUUGGAGAACAGGGCACAGCUCAGAGAGCCAGCCAACAUGCUGAUCUUCAAUGCCACCCGCACGGAUACGGCCGAGUACCGCUGCGAGGUGGCCAACAAUGAUGGCUCUGGGGAAUUUGAUGAGAUUAAGAUGAAUCUUGAAGUGAGAGUGAAACCCAUGGAGCCCCAAUGCAGCGUGCCCAAGGCGGUCACGGUGGGCACGGCGGCCGAGCUCCAGUGUCUGGAGAAUGAAGGCUUCCCGGCACCUGUCUACCGCUGGUUCCGAAACAAUGAGGAGCUUCCCCAAGACCCCAAAAACAGCCUCAAGUUUAUGAAUGCGACUUAUACCAUGAACACCAGCACUGGAAGCCUGAAAUUCCACAGGGUGAGGAAGGAGGACGCGGGGAAGUACCACUGCCAGGCCAAGAAUGAUGCCGGCCAAGCCCAUUGUCCCGCAAAGUUGAUGGAAGUCCAUGAUGUUGACAUCCUCGCCAUCAUUCUCAAGUCUGUCGGCGUCGUGAUAGCUGCCCUCUUUGUGAUCAGCAGCAUUUGGUGUUUUGCUUCACGUGUCCACGCCUCCAAAAAAGCCAGAAAUGAAAAUGAAAAAGCCAUCUUCUUCAAAAAAGGCCAAAAUGAAAACAUGGAAAUUUCAUCCACAAUCCAUCUUUCAUCAUCUGAGCCUAGGGAGAAGCAAAACAAGUGCACUGGCGGUUACAUUCAAGCUGUAACAUGGCACACUAUUUUCUAAUACACAUGAAAGUAACUUACCAAAGUGAUGUUCAGUGUGAUUUUGUGGCACUGAAUCAUGUUUUUAUAGCAUUGACAGAUUUUACAUUAUGAAACUGCCCAUCAUUCACGUCAUGCUCCACAUGCCACUUGAAGCGGAUUAUUUUUUUGUCCUGCAUAUUUCUACCUGACUGUAAAUUCAUUCAUGCAUUUUUUAAAAUACGACAUGGUCGCAAUCGACACGCUGAAUGAACAUAACAUCACAAGUUUUGGAACAAAUUCUCUUCAUGUUUUGCCUUUGCUCGUGAGAAAAUAAUUUUUUUUAUGAUUCUCUUUUGUGAUCAUAUAAACACUCUGUUGUAAAAUAAAAUACCCGCUGUUCUUGGUUGAUUUUCAUUAUUAAAAUACUCAAAGACUGUA